AUGAACGCCCUCCGCGGGGAGGCAGGGGUGCCGAUCACGAUUGCCUGCCCGGGCUACGUCGAUACCGAUUUUCAUCGUCGCGUGAUCACCGCGAGCGGGGAACCGCUUCCCGGGUCGCAACGACGUGGGAUUUCCCCCGAAACCUGCGCGAAAAUCUGCCUAGACGCCGCCCUCCACGGCGAUUCGGAGGUGAUUUUUGGAUUUUCCGGGAAGUUGGGGUACGCGUUGCGGCCGCUUUGCCCGGACGUCGUGGAUGCCGUCGCGCGGUGGAUUAGCCUUCGGUCGAUUCGAAGCCCGGAAGCGAAGAAGCCCGAGGGGGAGGAUGGAUUCGAAAAAAAGGAAUAA